AUGCCGUUCCGCCAAAAAUCGGCCGGUCUGGUGUCGAAGAAGUUGUUGAGCUUUGAGAUCCUCUUUGCCUUUGAAGGGCAAGCUGCGGAAUUGGAGAAAGAUGAUGGCGAGAACGGUCUUCUUGGAAAAGUCACUAUUAGAGAACAGGGUUUCCGAUACCUGAGCGGUGGCGUUGAUGGUGGCGUUGAUCAGGCUGUAAAAGCUCAAAUAAAUGCGGCUGAUGAUGAGAGAGCAGCUCCAGUGACGGAACGGCCACGUACACAGGCCGUAGAAUCGUAUAGGACAGGCAAUGAAACUCGAGGCUCAAUAGCAUCGACCACGAGGAGCACCCCAAAAAAAGUGGCGAGGCGAGACGUUAUGGGUAAGGGUCUCGCCAAAACUGGAGUAACGGCAGAAGAUGUCGUAGUCGUAGCAAAAGCGAAAUGUUAG